UAUCGCGUCACCCACCGCAAGUUGGCCAAGGAUACCACUACUACGACACCCCCCGAGGGGACUCCUACGACCAAGGACGCCAAUCACAACGACGCCCUAUGGGUUACCCCACUUAUACGGCUCCUCCUAACAACUACGAUGGUCGGGAGAAGGAUGGUAUCGAUGAGAUAGAAAGAGCUGCUGAACAGCGCAUGCAGGAGGCGGCCACGAUGAUUGUUCCUCUUCAUAGACCCCAGUACCGCUUCCCGAGCAACUCUCCUAUGCUUAAAAUGUUCCGAGUAUAUCUCGAGAAACAACUCAACGAUACCAAGCUCGGUGCCGUCUUGACAGAAGUAUCCCUACCUGCCGCAGCCGAAGACGAAUAUGGCGCUGGUCUCCGUGUGAAAACCGUCUUGGAAGCAGCUGAGAUCGGCGAAACUGGACUACUGGCACGGUGGAAUGAGAAAGCUCGUCCUCUCGAUCGCGACGUGAGAGUUGGCGAUGUUAUCGUAUCUGUUCUGGACGGCUCGGCAGUGGAAUCGUUGGGCCCGGAGGCAUCUAGUCGAAAAUUAAUGGAUAAGUUGAAAAAAAGUGUUAAAUUCAAUUCUCUCAUAAUUUUGGACGUAUUACGCGAAGCACCACCACUGGAGGUUUGCGAUUGGCCACAGACUCAGCAGACUAUAAUAGCCUGUUUGGAGAGGAUGGAGAAGAAUUUUAUCGAGAGGAAAGAUCAGGCGAUGACCUGGUUUGUUGGAGACGUCGCGCCUAUUAUACUCUCACCUUCCAGUCACUUAUGGUGUCCCCUCUGUGAGUGUAAACAGCAGACUCUCACUGCGUAUCUCGCCCAUUUCGAUUCGCCAGAGCAUCUCGAGAAGCGAAGGGUGACCUCAUCGAAGUUCGAUAGUCGUUGGGCUAAGCUGCCGAUUGGCAUCAGCAAAUACUACUGGUUUGAGUAUUGCUACGGCUUUACUUCAAUAGUUGAUCCCUCCGAGGGCGAUCCUUAUUGUGAGUUCUGUGACUACUCCCCCAUUGGAAGCUAGUCGGCCUUUGAUUCCGCACGUUGAGUGUUUUCGUCUGUUGCAGUAUAAGUACUGUUGGAUUGAUUUUCCGGAAGUAUCAUUAGUUUCUAUGGGACGCUG